CUGCUCUUUCUUCCUCACCUUCUCUCUUCCUCUCUCACGCGCCAACAACACUCUGCUGCCCCCGAAGCACCGGCGCAAAACUUGCAAGGACUCUUUUGCACCAGUGCAAACCAAGCAAGCGCCCAGAAAUUGGGCAGCAGCUGUGGCGCGCUCGCUCUUGUGUGCCCCUCGGGGCUGCUGCUGAUGGAGAAGCAGCUCAACUCAGGAGGCGACUGCGCCUCUUCAUAAACCGAGUUGCGCCUCCGCGAAAUAAGAAAGGGGUUUCGGCGCCUAAGUGCAAGCUUUCCUCCCUCCCCUUUUGUUUUCUUCUCGGUUUAGUGCAUGAAGACGUGGGGGAGAGGAGGGGGCAUAGCUUCGGAGGGGAUGGCCUCUUUUUUUUAAACUGCAGGAGCAGUUCGAAAGGGAAGCUGCGACUGGGAGCAGGGGAGAGAAUAAAUAAAUAAAGGAGCAGCGGCUGCCAGAAUAAAAGUUGUGGCGGGAGAAGAAGGAUACCCAGUUGUGAUUUAAAGGGAAGGUGCUUCUUUUUGUGGAGGAAAAGAAAAGUGACAAACCUCCAUGGAAGACCCUCAGGAUUUAAAUGAACAGUCAGAAGUACUUAACUUGAAGUAUACAAGGAGAGACUGGGUACGGAGGAUGAAACAAAUGAACACAACUCUAAAUUUUGAUCCUCUUGAGUUUGGAGGAGGACAGUGUAGAAAGGUGAAGAAAACUUGCACGGAUUUGGAUGUUUCGGAACCUCAGAAUUCCAGAUCUAUGGAAAUGCAGGAUCUAGCAAGUCCUCAUAAUCUUGUGGGAAGCAGUGAAACACCAGGUAGCUCUAAACUGGACAAAUCUAAUCUUAACAGCACAUCUGUUACAACAAAUGGAACAGGCGGUGACAACAUGACUGUUUUAAACACUGCAGACUGGUUGCUGAGUUGUAGUACUCCCUCUUCUGCAACAAUUUCUCUUCUUGCAGUCAAAACGGAGCCUAUGAACAGCAAUGAAACAACAACAACAACAAGUGGAGAAGGAUCUCUUGACACAUUUACUGGGUCAGUAAUAACAAGUAGUGGCUACAGUCCAAGAUCAACACAUCAGUACUCACCACAGCUAUAUCCCUCCAAGCCCUAUCCACAUAUUCUUUCUACUCCAGCAGCUCAAACAAUGUCUGCCUACACCGGUCAGACCCAGUAUUCAGGAAUGCAGCAGCCAGCGGUAUAUACAGCCUAUUCACAGACCGGGCAACCUUACAGUUUACCUACUUACGAUUUGGGUGUAAUGUUGCCAGGCAUCAAGACAGAAAGUGGACUUUCACAAACACAAUCACCAUUGCAGACCGGAUGCCUUAGUUACAGCCCAGGAUUUUCCACACCACAGCCAGGCCAAACACCUUAUUCUUACCAAAUGCCAGGUUCUAGUUUUACACCAACCUCCACUAUUUAUGCAAACAAUUCAGUCUCAAAUUCUACGAACUUCAGCAGUUCACAACAGGAUUAUCCAUCAUAUACAGCUUUUGGCCAAAACCAAUAUCCACAGUAUUAUUCAACAUCAACAUAUGGAGCAUAUAUGACCUCAAACAACGCCACAGAUGGUACUUCAUCAUCAUCGUCAACAUACCAGCUCCAGGAAUCUCUCCCUGGAUUGACUAGUCAACCAGGUACAGACCUUCAUUCAGGAGAGUUUGACACGGUGCAGAGUCCUUCAACACCGAUCAAAGACCUUGAUGAAAGAACAUGUAGGAGUUCUGGGUCAAAAUCAAGAGGCAGGGGGCGAAAAAAUAACCCAUCUCCACCUCCUGACAGUGACUUGGAGCGUGUAUUUGUUUGGGAUUUGGAUGAAACUAUCAUUGUCUUCCAUUCACUUCUUACAGGAUCUUAUGCACAAAAAUAUGGGAAGGAUCCACCAGUGGCAGUCACUCUUGGACUUCGGAUGGAAGAAAUGAUUUUUAAUCUUGCUGAUACACAUUUAUUUUUUAAUGACUUGGAGGAAUGUGAUCAAGUACAUAUAGAUGAUGUUUCUUCAGAUGACAAUGGACAAGACCUAAGUACCUACAGUUUUGCAACUGAUGGCUUCCAUGCAGCUGCAAGUAGUGCAAACCUUUGUCUGCCAACAGGUGUAAGAGGAGGAGUGGACUGGAUGAGGAAGCUGGCAUUCCGUUACAGAAGAGUAAAAGAAUUGUAUAAUACUUACAAGAACAAUGUAGGAGGACUCCUUGGCCCUGCAAAAAGAGAUGCAUGGCUACAAUUAAGAGCAGAGAUUGAAGCUCUCACAGACUCCUGGCUGACAAAUGCACUGAAAUCAUUAUCAAUUAUUAGUACAAGGAGUAACUGUGUAAAUGUCUUGGUAACAACAACCCAACUUAUACCAGCCCUUGCAAAAGUCCUGCUGUAUAGUUUAGGAGGUGCUUUUCCUAUUGAAAAUAUAUACAGUGCAACCAAAAUAGGCAAAGAAAGCUGUUUUGAGCGUAUAGUGUCCAGGUUUGGCACUAACAUAACUUAUGUUGUGAUUGGAGAUGGCCGAGAUGAGGAGCAUGCAGCUAACCAGCACAACAUGCCUUUCUGGAGGAUAUCUAGUCACUCGGACCUCCUGGCUCUACACCAAGCGCUGGAAUUAGAGUAUUUGUAACUGUGUCACACAGCUGACAACUUCUUUUUCUAUUUCAAAUUAUACUGAAUUUUUUAUGUGUGAUCCGAUGCCUCUGGCUUGACACAUAUGUAUGGUCUUAAGAAGAAGAAAAAGCAAUAUUUGGAAUGAAAAUUCCAAAGUGAAGAAUCCAGAUCACUGAAUGGAUUUACAACUCCUUAUUCUACACAAGGAUGCUCUAUAUGGUCUUAUAUACAAAAUGUUUUUGAUGAUUAACGAACUAUGUAAGGAGGUUGCUGGUACACACCAAAUGAGCCCUAGCCAGAGUGAACAGCUUUUGCAAUGGACUCGGACUGGGAAAGCAAUUACAUGCAUUUUCUGAUCGACAAGGGUGGUAUUCAACAACAUUCCUCAUUAUGGGAUAUAUUCUCAGCACUGAGGUUUGAAUCAAACUUUAGUCUACCUAACCCAGAAAAUCUGAAUUGGAAUGCACUCAGACUGUACAAUGAUAAUCCUGUCUAGAUUUGUAAUAUGUGUAAAUUAUUGAUGAAAAUAAUUUACUGUGACUUUAUUAGCAGCUGACUUUGGAAGUGGAUGCAAUUUAUUUCUUUCGUUUUCGGGGUGUGUGGGAUGGGGUAUAUAAUAAUUAUUGUCUCUUUUAUAAGUUUGGCUGGCAAACAGAAUGUGCAUAAUGAUGUGUUGUGCCUUAAAAGACAAGAUCUUGUUUGUGUGUUACAAUGUAACAUUGAUUUAAAAUUAUGUAGAUAAAAAUAAAUCUUUGUGAUAAUUUUUGACAUGACCAAAUUUCAAAUUUAAGUAAUCAAAGAUCAGUGCUGCAUCAAAUAGCACUUAAAUAUUUGUUACAGUGAGGGGGGGAAGUAUAAUUGAAAGUUUGUGUUUUUCUUUUAGUUUCUUAAUAAUUCCACUGACUGUAGGAGGCAAGUAAGUUACGCGAAUGUCAGGAAAUUAGAAUGAUAUUGGGCACUGUGGGAUUUUUUUUAAAUGACUAAUUUCUUAAAGACUCUCUUCCUCAUUCUCAUCUUGAAAAAAGAAUCAUAUUAAUAGAUUACUUACACAGCAAUGAAUUUGAUUUUAUGAAGUAUAUUUUAAAAGCUAUAGGCUAUGUGCCAUUUACCUAGUUCAAAAUUAUGAUUUAGCAUAUUUAACAGGCAAUGGGUUAUAUGGAAAUUUGGUGCUGUCCAAAUUUAUUUUCAAAGUUAACAUAAUAAAUAAAGCUAAUUCAGAAAGGACAGGCAAAGACUACUCCUGUUGCAUGAAGCUAAACAAAAGAAAAGUCCUUCAGUAUUACUAGAAUGGGAAUAAUAUGGAUGAAAUUGGCUCUGGAACUCACUUAAAUCUUAAGAUUGCUCACUGCAUGAUUUUCUAGUGAUCCUUCCAACCCAUAGGUUUCUACCAGCAUCCUGUUUCUUUAAACCCUUUCCAUCUGAUUGAACCUAUCAUCAUCAGUCUCAAUGGAUCUGUCUUCCCUUCUUCUUCCUCUUCCUUAGCCACCAGGCCUUGAUCUCUCUCUCUCUCUCUCUCUCUCUCACACACACACACACACACACACACACACACACACCCCACAGUGUGUUUGCUGUUGCUUGCAAGAGUAGACUGAGUGUGUGUCCUGUUUACCUGUCCAAUCAUUCUUCUCUUGAGAACUCCAGCACACAUAUUACUCCUGCUGUGGGCAUUUAUAACCACAGCAUGGAGGUCAUUAUUCACAAUAGGGGCCAGUGCAGGCCAGCCCCUCAGAUAUGCAUCCAGCCAUUCCUCAUCUCUCAGAGGCCCCUUGCACACAUUUCUUCCUCUGUGCAUGUGCAAAUUUGUGGGCUGGGACCUUGGGGGUGCAAGACAAAACUGGAAAUCUGCAUGGGAGGUGCAUACCAGCUCUGAUAAUAAUAGCCUCUAUUAAUAGUAAUAGCCUGUGAGAAAUGACAUGAAUGCUUAGCUGAGGGCCAGCUGUGUAGAAGAAGGAAAGAAGGGGGGCUCAAUUGAGCCCUAAGCUGAUCCUUUCCCAUAGACAUGUGUGCAGUUCAGAAGGAUGGAUCAUGCCCUUAACUUACUUUUUCCUUUCCUUUUUUAGAAACCUCUAAUUUGUGGGAGCAAAAAGUGGUGUUUUUGAAAAAUAGGGUUUUUAAUGCCAGCAAUGGGGUGUUAUCACUUUUUAGUUUUCUUCCUGUAGUGUCCCAGAUCAAGAAGAGAACAGAGAAUUAUAUAGAGAUUUAUCUACUCACUCUGUUUAUCCUCUGUCUCCAAUGCCUUCAGUCUCAAAUAUUUGUCAACUUUGUUGGUGCAAAGGAUCCUUUACAAUAGUAUAUGAUGAGAUAUGUGCAGUCUUGUUGUCCGAUAGGUGUAUAUUGUUACUGGUAAGAGAGUGAGAAUGCAGCAUGUUUUAUAGCAUCAGAGAUGGAAAGACACCUGUGCAGUUUUGUCUUAAAGAUCAGUCAGUUCACACUGUACUGUGUUCCAUUCCCAUUCUCCAGUUCAUUUAGUUCUUUCAUAAGCAUUAUUUUCUUUACAAUGGGUAGGGUGCACUAAACUGGGUACCAUAUCUCCCUAGAGGACAGCAAAAGAAAGUUGAGGGAGUUAGGGUAUGUUCACAAAUGAGCUGGUUUAUAAUGUGAAUGUAAAAAAUUAAACUGGCUUAUAUUUACAUUGAGUUUCUCUUCUGUGUUCUACCCCAUAGUAAUAUAAUUCACAACAGCAGGAGAGAUGCUCAGAGGCCUUUAAGUUUCAUGCAUGAAAGUGCUUUUUGCUAAUGCAGUAUUGUUAUACAAUGAAUCUCUUCAGAGACACAGAAAAUAGCGACGUUAAAAGAUUCACAUUGACUCAUUUAACUCACAGAGUUAAAAGUAAACAAAAAAGACUUGGCAUCUUCCUCUGUGGUGGAGUUUCCCCAACUUGUUGAAUUAAACAUGUUAUCAAAAAUGAAUAUUUAAAUCAAAGUAUUAAUUAACAAAUGUAAACCAGUUUCUUGUUCUCCAUUGGGCACAGGUACAUAUGCAUAUGUGCCUAUAAUGUCAUUGAAGUCUGUGAUUCUAAAUUUGAAUGGAAUGUGCAGUAUUCUUAGGUGCAGUAUUCUGACCAAUUAGAUUUGUACACUAUUCAUGUACUUCUUUUAAAUCUAUAUACUUAUAGUAUCUCUUCGAAUCUGGAUAUAGACUUCUUGCAGAAUUUUUUGUUCUUUAACCUUGAAGAAAAAUACUUCAGUGACACAUGCAGAGUGAAAAUUGUUUUAAUUUGACAAAACCACAGAAUGCCAUUACUGGGUAUCAUGUGUCGUUUGUGUAUAGCUGGCAGAGCAAUGUCGUCACAGCUGAUAUGUUUUACAUUGUGUUGCACGUAGCUGUUUUUCUCUACACUGCUUUUGGUUAAGCCUGCUAUACAUUAAUGUUCCAAUUCAGAAAAUUUCAUAUGUAUCCUAAGCAUCCUAUAUCUCAUACAAAAUACCAAGGAUCAAAAUUGCCAAUAAUAUAGAUACAGAAAUAAAACUGUGUCUAAUAGUGAGCUUCUAAGCGAAGAAGAAGCUGUCUGCAUGAACACCUGACCUGAGCUAACUGCGAAUGUUUUCAUAAAAUUUCACCUAAAGCAAGAUUUGAGACAGAUUUGGAUGAUCCAUCCAAAGAUGUUUAGUCAGGCAAAACAUCUGUAAGGAUUUUGAGAACAGUUAAAGACAUUGCAGAAAGAUGAGUGGAAUUUCCAGGGCAGGGGCAAUCCAUACAUCUCUGCCCAAGCAACCAUUUAAGGCAUAUCAGAUAUUCAAAAUAAAACAUGGUUUUGUAUAAGUUAAAAUUUGGUCAUUUGGACUAUCAGUACGUGUUAAUUAUAUAUACACAGAAACAAAGUGAAAACCCUCUUAAUCUUAAUGCUUAUCCUCCCACGUGGAAGAAAAAAAGUCCCAUAUUUUAAAAUGUGCAAUUAAAAUGGUGAACAUUGUGCCUUUGCCGCUGCUGCACUAGUAGAAAUGGAAACAGCACUUAAUUAUUAAGCACUUUGAAUAUUGUGCUUGAGAUAUGGUAGUACAGCACAAUUUGAUCUCAUGUAAAUACAAGGAAAUAAGGAUAGAUGGACUCAAUUCAGUAAACCACUACAGUGAAAAUUAGAAAAAACGCAAUAUAUGCAGAUGCAAAAAAUAUAGGGCACAAUCUAUCCUGAUAGGGCUCAAAAGAGCUCUUCUCCACUGGCCCUUGGCUGAGAAUGUGUGCAUUUUAGUGCUUCAGCCAUUCUAUGGAAGGCCCACACAUGGUCCAUUCCUCCCAAAGGUCUCAUGUUCAAACUACCUAUGAUCUGCAACUGCCUUUAAAACAUAAAAACAGCCCAACGGAAUCAGGCCCAAGGCCUAUCUAGUUAAGCAUUCUCUUUUAUAAAGUGGCCUGCCAGAUGCCUCUGGGAAGCCCACAGGCAAGAGCCGAGGGCAUGCCUUCCUACUGUUGUUCCCCUGCAGCUGGUAUUCAGAAGCAUCUUGCCUCAGGCUGGAGUAGGCCUAUGUCCCUUAGAGUAGUAGCCAUUGAUAGAUGUGUCCGCCAUGAAUUUAUCUGAGCCCUUUUUAAAGCCAUCCAAGCUGGUGGCUGUCACCACAUCUUGUGGCAGAGAAUUCCAUAGAUUAAUUAUGUGUUGUGUGCAAAAGUACUUGCUUUUGUCAGUCCUAAAUUUCUUGGCCAUCAGUUUCAAGGGAUGACCCCUGGUUCUAGUGUUAGAAGAGAAAGAGAUUGAUUCUAUCCACUCUUUCCACGCCAUGCAUAACUUGAUAGACCUCUACCCUCAAUUGUUUUUUUUCUACACUAAAAAGCCCCAGGAUUUGUAGCCUUACCUCAUAAGGAAGGUGCUGUAGGCCCUAAUCAUGUUGGUUGCCCUCUUCUGCACCUUCUCCAGUUCUAUAAUAUCCAUUUUGAGGUAUGUUGACCAGAACUGUACACAGUACUCUCAAUGUGGCCGCACCAUAGAUGUGUAUAAAGGGAUUAAGAUAUUAACAGUUUUAUUUUCAACCCCCUUCCUAAUUAUUCCAAGCAUAGAAUUGGCCUUUUUCACAGCUGCCGUACAUUGUGUCAACACUUUCAAUGAGCUGUCCACCAGAACCCCAAGAUCACUGUCCUGGUCAGUCAACAACAGCUCAGACCCCUUAAGGGUAUAUGUGAAGUUGGGAGUUUUGCCCCAAUAUGCAUCUCUUUAUACUUGCUAACAUUGAACUGCAUCUGCCAGUUUGCCUCCAAUUCCCCCAGUUUUGAGAGAUGAUUUUAAGCUCUUCGAUAUCCGUUUUGGUUUUCACUACCCUAAAUAGUUUGGUGUCGUCUACAAAUUUGGCCACCUCACUGCUUAUCCCAAAUCCUAGAUCAUUUAUGAAUAAAUUAAAAAGCACUGGUCCAAGUACAGAUCUCUGGGGGACCCCACUUUUAUUUCCUUCAAUUUAGAGAACCAUCCAUUUAUUCCUAGCUUCUGUUUCCUGCCUUUCAACCAGUUACCAAUCUACACAUGAACCUGUCCCUUAUCCCAUGACUGCUAAGUUUUCUCAAGAGUCUUUGAUGGGAAACUUUGUUGAAAGCUUUUUGAAAGUCCAACUAGAUCACCUUUAUCUACACACCUGUUGACACUCUCAAAGAACUCCCAAAGGUUGGUGAGGCAAGAUUUAGCUUUGCAGAAGUUGGUUUUCCUUCAGUAGGACUUGUUCUUCUAUAAGCUUAACUAUUUUAUCUUUGAAAAUGCAUCAGCCGAGCACAGACAUUAGGCUAACCAGCCUCUAAUUCCACUGGAUGCCCCCUGGAUCCCUUUUUGAAAAUCGGUGUUACAUUGACUACUUCCCGUUCUCUGGUACAGAUCCUGAUUGUAGGGAUAAGUUACAUAUUUUUGCAAGGAGGUCACCAAUUUCACAUUUGAGUUCUUUAAGGACUCUUGGGUAGAUGCCAUCUGGCCAUGGCAAUUUGUUAAAUCCUUCACACACACACACACACACACAGACUGUUUCGAACGUCAUCUCUCGUCACCUCUAUCUGACUUGACUCUUUAGCCUCUGUCCCUGAGAAGCACAGUUCAGACAUAGGUAUAAGCUCAGUAUCCUCUUCUAUGAAGAUAAUGCAAAGAAUUCAUUUAGCUUCUCUGCAAUCUCCAUAUCCUCCAGAAUCAUUCAUUCAUUCAUUCCCUCAUCAUCUAGCGGACCAACCACGUCCCUGACAGGUUUUCUGUUUCUGAUGCAUUUAAAGAAGUUUUUGUUAUUCCCCUUGAUGUCUCUUUUCAGAAAAAGAUUUUGAGCUCUCUCUCAAACUCUCUUUUCGCCUUGCUUAUUGUCUUGCACUUCUUUUGCCAGAGUUUGUGUUCCUUUCUGUUCUCUUCAUUUGAGAAGGCCUUCCCAUUUCUGAAGGAAGUCUUCGCCUUUAUAGCUUCCUUGACUUUAGUUUAGCCAUGCUGGCAUCAUUCUGCACUUGGUGGUACCUUGCCUCCUUUUUGGUGUACAUUCUAACUGGGCUUCUGUUAUUGUGGUUUCAAGUAAACUCCAUGCAUUCUGGAGCAAAGUGACUCUCUUGAUUUUCCCUUUCAGUUUUCUCGUCACCAAACACGUCAUUUUAGAGAAGUUCCCUCUUCUGAAGUUCAAAAUGUCUCGUUAUCAUCACAUGUUUGCUGAAUUUGAUCACACUAUGGUCACUAUUCCCUAAAGAUUCCACUACUCUGAUAUCUUGCACCAGGUUCUGUGCACCACUCAGGAUUAAGUCCAAGGUUGCCUUCUCUCUAGUUUCCAUGACCAACUGUUCUAGGCACAGUUGUUCAAUGUAUCUAGAAAUGUGUUAUUACUCAAAUAUGAAUUUACCCAGUCUGUGUGGAUAAUUGAAGUCACCCAUCAUUACAGCUGUGUCUCUUUGAUGCUUUCCAGAUUUCCUUCUGCAACUCCCAGUUACUGUCAAUGUUUUUGUCAGGAGAAUGAUACCACGUUCCUAGUUGUACAUUUCCUUUCAGGCUUUGUAUUGUCACCCACAGAAUUUCUGUGGAGGACUCUGGUCUUCCUAGGUUUUCUAGCUUUUUAGAUUCUAUCCCUUCUUUAACAUACAGUACUAUUCCACCCCCAAUUGCUGGUCCACAACCUGGUGAGUCCUCUUGGACCCGCGGCUCCUGUUUGAACAACAGGUGGAGGCCAUUGCAAGAGGUGCCUUUGCCCAGCUUCAGCUGGUCCGCCAGUUGUGGCCCUAUCUCGACCAGCAGGCCCUGGCAACAAUAACUCAUGCCCUCAUCAUCUCUCAUCUGGAUUACUGUAAUGUAGAGUUACUUGGGGUUGCCUUUGAAGACGACCCAGAUGCUUCAGUUGGUCUGGAAUGCGGCAGCCCGCCUGCUUAUGGGCGCUAAGAGAUAUGAUAGUGUGACACCUCUCCUGCAGCCACUGCACUGAUUACCUGUUUGCUUCCAGAUCCAAUUCAAAGUGCUGGUUCUCAACUUUAAAAUCGUUCAGGGCUUAGCACCUACUUACCUGCAGGACCGCCUCUUCCGGCUAGUCCUGUGCCCUCCUGUGAGAAUCAGGUUGCCCUUCUGUUGGUCCCUGGUCUCAGAGAGGUCCAUAGUACUGGGGCCCAUGGAAGGACUUUCUCUGUUGCUGUCCCUUCACUUUGGAAUUCUCUUCACACCCAGAUUUGGUCUGCCUCCUCCCUUUCUGCCUUUAUUUUCCACCAGGCAAUUGCCCCUUAAAUCUUUUUUUAAAAGUAUCAUAUCUUAUUCUUGCUUUGUACACCACCCUGAGUCUGUGGAUUGGGCAGUAUAGUAAAUCAUUUAAUUUAAAAAUAAAACACCCUGUCCUUUUUAUUGAAUUGUAUCCAGGAAUAACAGUGUUCCUCUGGUUCUCAUGGUUGUUCCACCAUGUUUCCAUUAUGCCCACUAUAUCUGUUUUCAUUAGCAACCAAGCAGUGCAGCUUGCCCAUCUUGGCUCGGAGGUUUCUGGCACUGGUAUAUAAGAAUCUCUAUACUGAAUGUCAUACCUGGUGUGUGCUGUGAUUCUUACAGCCAUUUGAUCUCCUUGACCAGCUAGUACAUCCUUCUGUCUGCGCUUUACCUGGUUGUACUCUGUACCCUUCUGGUUUAUCUAAAGCAUUUGCCCCCUCACACUUCAACGGAUGGCAUUUGCUGAACCAGAUCCCCCACUCCUUUCCACUAUCCCUCAGGCAUCAUUUUAAAAACUGCUCUGUGACCUCUUUGAUUUUAAGUGCCAGCAGUCUGGUUCCAUCUUCAUUCAAGUGGAGACCAUCCCUUUUGUACAGGCUCAUCUUGUCCCCAAAAGUAUCCUGGUGCCUAACAAAUCUAAAUCUUUCCUUCCAGCACCACCAUCUCAUCCACGUAUUGACACCCCUCAGAUCCACCUGUAUUGCUGGCCCUGCAUGUGGAACAGGUAGCAUUUCUGAGAUUGCUGCCUUGGGGGUCCUGGAAUUCAAUAUCCUACCUAGCAGCCUAAAUUUUGCUUCUAGGACCUAAUGACUACAUUUCCCAACAUAGUUGGUUCUGAUGUGCACCACAACCACUGACUCCUCCCCAGCACUAACUAUCUAGACACCACAUGACUUUCGCAACUUUCACACCAGGCAGGCAAGUCACCAUGUGGUCUACAUGUGGGUCACAGACCCAUCUCUCUAUACCCCUAAUGAUCGAAUCACCCACUUCUAGCAUGAGGUGAUACUUCACACACACCCCGCAGAGGAGUAUCCCCUGUGCUAGAGGAUAUGGGCUUAUUAUCCAAGGAAGGGGUUCCUUUUAAGGGAGCAUUUCCCUCUUUCUUGGAAUGAUGUCCUCCUUCCCUGAGACCUCCAUUCUCCAUGAUAGCGGAGGAGCCAUCAGUCUGGGAGUGUCUUGAUGGAUAAGAAGAUAUUCUCAGUCCAUAUGGUUGAUGGACUGUUCUCAUUAUACUGAUGGUCUGUUAUAUAAUUGCUUUUGUGGGUUUUUUAGUAAUCAUUCUCAAGUAGGAGUGACAAUCUGAGCACACAAAAAGGAGUUAAAAAGUCUGCUCAUUUAGUGGGGUUUUGUCCAAUGUUGAACUGAAUACUCCUGAAAUAAUAGGUUAAACUACAGAACCUAAUCUUAAUCUUUCCACAUGCUGAAGAAGUAUGGACUAUAUCCACUAGAGUUUUAGAUGUGAUUUUCAUUUCAGAUUCAUGGGGUUUUUGGUUAUGGAGCCAUGUCUAGAUGCUUGAAUUAAUGUGAUAUUUAGUGUCUCUAGAGAGCAACUUAACUGACAUGAGCCAAUAUUGCAUUUGAACUCCCAGCAAUAGCAGCCUUGUGGAACUGUUGAAGCCAAGGGUCUAUGUAAUGUAAGUCAUGAUUUAUUUGGGGAUAACGUUAUUUAAGAAAAUGUAAAUUAAUACUGAAAGCUUGUAAAAAUGUGUAUAUCUUUACUAUUUCUCAAUAAAUACACGUGGAAAUGUUGUUUUCUGCACCAUCA